AUGUCACACCUGAUGGACCACACAUCAGGGGACCUGCCAGUGAGAGACACGGACUUCACACCUCUGACAUUACCAGCGUCAAAAGGUAAGAGUGCAAAGGCUCAACCAUCCUUGAGCAAGCUGAGCCGGGAGGAAUUGGAAGAUGGUUUCCUACGACUUCGUGAUGAGCACCUUUCAGUGAAGGAACUUUUUUGGAAGCAACAAGAUGAAAUGAAAAGGCUGAGAACCACCUUGCUCCGCCUGACUGCUACAGGCCGGAACCUCCGAGAGGUUUCCAGGCCUCAGCUUCGGGCACCCACAAAGCAGGAACAGAAAGCGAGGUGGCAGCGGCGUCCAGCAACACAUCCACUCCAAGCACAGUUUCAGCGUGUGGUCUCCUCUGCUCCAUGUCAAGUCCUGCCUCACACCCACAGAGGACACCGACAACUCCACACAGCUGGGGCCCACGUCCCGGAAAAACCUAGGCAUGCACCAAGUGACAGGCUGAGCUACACAGCCCCUCCCAUGUUCAAGGAUCCUGCAACAAAUGAAAAAACCAGAGGUGAAAUCAUUGGUGAACCCAGCGAACUGUGAGUUCUUUCCAUUUUCCCUCUCUGUUAUUCCUCUAAUUACAAUUUUGGCUAAAAAUGCAUUGGUUUUUAUUUGCCUAACAGUGCCCACAUUCUGGCUGAUGACACUAUGCAAGUAGAAGUGUCACCCACAUUGUCUGAGAAAAUGGGAUCCAUAGAUGAACGUGUUGCACAGCGCAGCUCCUUGGAGAGUGCCCAGAAAGCCACAGAACUUCGAGCUUCCAUUAAGGACAACGUGGAGCUGAUUCGGCUUAAAAAGCUCUUACAUGAAAGGAGUACCUUGCUGGCUGUAACCAAAGCACAGUUAAAAGAUGUGCAAGGGGCAUACGAAACCUUGCUCCAAAAGAACCAGGGAGUCCUAGGUGCAGCCCAUGAUGCGCUCCUCACACAAGUGAAUGAGCUCAGGGUAGAGCUGAUGGAGGAAAGCAAGAAGGCAGCGAGCUUGAAGAGCCAACUGGAAGAUGUGUCCAUUCUGCAGAUCACACUGAAGGAGUUUCAGGAGAGAGUUGAAGAUUUGGAAAAUGAACGAAAACUGCUGAAUGAUGAUUAUGAGAAACUCUUAGAAAACAUGUUGGACAGCAGUAGCCAACCUCACUGGAGCAACGAGCUCACAGAACAGCUGCAGCAGCAAGUCUCUCAGUUGCAGAAUCAGCUGGAUGCUGAGCUGGAGGAGAAGAGAAAAGUCUCACUGCAGCUGUCCCAAGAGAAAGCUCAAAAUGAGGAUCUGAAGCUUGAAGUCACCAACAUGCUUCAGAAGCACAAACAGGAAGUGGAAAUCCUUCAAAGGACGGCCGCACUUUCCCAAAUUCCCAACAGGCUGUCUGAGCCCACUAUUUAUCCAGCUGUAUUCCAAGAGAUUGCUCAGACUGAGCACAGUGAGCACAAAGACCAAGAAGAUAAGAAACUCUCCCAGUUGUUAAGUGAGUUGCAAAUAUCACAUGCAGAGACCACAUUGGAACUGGAGAAAACUAGAGACAUGCUUAUUCUGCAGCGCAAAAUCAACGUGUGCUACCAGGAGGAACUGGAAGCAAUGAUGACAAAAGCUGAUAAUGAAACUAGAGACCGUGAAGAAAAACUGGAGAGGCUGAGUCAACUCCUAGACAUCAAGAACAACCGCAUCAAACAGCUGGAAGGUAUUUUGAGAAGCCAUGGCCUUCCAACAUCUGAACAGCUCAAAGACAUUGCCUAUGGCACUCGAAAUAUGCCAAUACGUCUCCCAACCCUGCCUGCCCCUGGAGAAGAAGAGGGAGCAGAUGUUUCUCUGCUGAGUCACAGGGACAAUCUUUUCGAGUUACACAUCCACCAGGCUUUCCUGACAUCUGCUGCCUUGGCUCGGGCUGGGGAUGUCCGGCCUACCACUUUCUGCACCUAUGCCUUCUAUGAUUUCGAAACUCAUUGUACACCGCUCUCUGUGGGGCCGCAGCCCUACUAUGACUUCACUUCCCAGUAUGUGGUGGAGACAGAUUCCCUUUUCUUACACUACCUUCAAGGGGCUUCAGCCCGACUUGAGCUACAGCAGGCUGUGGCCAGUGAACACCACACCCUUGCAGCUGGAUGGAUUCGCUUUAACAGAGUGCUAGAGACCGUGGAGAAAGUCCAUGGUUCAGUCACACUUAUUGGAGUCAGUGGAGAAGACUUUGGGUUGCUAGAAUACUGGAUGAGGCUGCACAUCCCCACAGGACGCAGCCAACAGGCAUGCACUAAACGAAAGAAAGCCCAGGUCUACCUGUCAGCCCCUGCACCUGGAGCCUGGGAGACCAAGGAGGACAAGUCCAGAGCCCAAACAUGGAGCCCACAGAAUGAGCUGCGGGUUGAAAUCACCAGGUGCUGUGGCCUCCGGAGUCGCCAGCCGGGAGCUCAGCCCAGCCCGUACGUCAUGUACCACUUCUUCACCUUUGCUGACCAUGAUACUGCCAUCGUGCCAGCCAGUAACAGUCCCUACUUUAGAGACCAGGCCCGAUUCUCAGUGGUUGUGACCUCUGACCUGGAUCACUACCUGAGGCAGGAGGCCCUGUCACUAUACGUCUUUGAUGAUGAAGACUCAGAGCCUGGCUCAUAUCUCGGCCGAGUUCUGGUGCCCUUGCUGCCUCUUGCGCAAAACCAAUCUAUUAAAGGUGAGUUUAUGCUCACUGACCCUACAGAGAAGCCUAAUGGAACUAUUCAAGUGCACUUGGAUUGGAAGUCUGACUACAUGCCUCCAGAGAGCAGUUUGCAACCAGAAGCCCUGGAUGAGGAACAUGAUAACAAGGACAGGGUAGAGGUCUUGUUUGAAGAGGAAAAUGCUUCCAGUCCUGCCCAGAACCAGGUGGCAUCUGCUGAGAUUCCCAUUGAAGCUGGCCAGUUUCAAGCAAAGAGAAAAUUUCCUCAGGUGGGAGAAAGGAAGGAAAAAGAACACCAGGUUGCCAGUUACUCCAGAAGAAAACAUGGCAAAAGACUAGGUGCCCAAGGAAAGAACAGAAUGGAGUAUCUUAGUCGUAACAUCGUAAAUGGAAAUACACUGCAACAGGUGAACUACACUGAGUUGAAGUUCUCAGGGCUUAAGAUCACUGUAGAUGAAGAAAGGCAGCACGUGGAAGAGGAAAUGACGUUAUCUCAUACAUCACCGAAGCAGGAGAAAUCCCUUCAUCCCGUAAAUGAUGGAGAGUCCGCUGAUCAAGUUUCCGAAGCCAGUGAAGCACAAACAACAGACAGCGAUGACAUUGUGGUGCCACCCGAGUCUCAGAGAUGUCCUAAGGCAGAUUCCGAGAAGAUGUGCAUUGAAGUUGUUUCUCUGGCCUUCAACGCAGAGGCUGCUGUGAUGUCUGACGAGAACGUGCAGCAGGUGUACGUGGAGUACAGAUUCUAUGACCUGCCCUUGUCAGAGACAGAGACUCCUGUGUCCCUGAGGAAGCCACGUGCUGGGGAAGAAAUCCACUUCCACUUCAGCAAGGUGAUAGACCUGGACCCACUGGAGCAGCAAGGCCGAAGGCAGUUUCUGUUCACUAUGCUGCACGGACGAGACCCCGAGGAAGGGCAUUUGAAGUUUACAGUGGUGAGUGAUCCUAUGGAUCAAGAAACGAAAGAAUGCCAAGAAGUGGGAUAUGCAUAUCUUGAACUGUGGCAGAUCCUGGAAUCGGGAAGAGAUAUUCUAGAGCAAGAGCUGGACAUUGUCAGCUCUGAAGACAAGGCUACCCCGAUAGGAAGGCUGAAGGUUUCCCUUCAAGCAGCUGCUGCCCUCCAUGCUAUUUACAAGGAGAUGAGUGAAGAUUUGUUUUCAUGAAGGAAGAGAAGCUAUUCCAUUCUAAAAUCUGAGGGAACCAUAGUAAGAAAAAAUCUCUUAUAAAGUAACUUGCUAUACCA